GACCAACACCACGAGAAAGAAGGAGACAGACGCGAAUGGAGGGAGGCAGCUCGCUGACGGGGCCCAACCUCGCUGCAUGCGCCCUGGCGCUGUGUUACGCAUACAGGGACCCAAACGUGCCUCCGAGCCCCCUGUGCUCCCGUCUUCUCUCCCACUCGGCCCGUCUGGUCCUGAGCGCCAGCCACACACCGCCUGCCAACCUUGAAGACUUUCUCGACGAGCUUCGGUCCGCGCUCGACGCCGCUCCCUCAACUUCCUCGCUUGCCGUUGUCGACCCAGACGCGCUCAUCGACGAGCUCUGUGAGACGAUUCGUCUCCUCCUCGUCGAGGCUGCUACUCGACCCGCUGCGUUCCAUGCCCUUUUUCAGAGAGUCGACCGCGUCCUCUUCCGCUCCGAAGAUGAAGAGCAUGACGUGGAGUCAGACGAUGACGACGACGAAGAGGUAGUGGAUGAGGAGGGGAACCGGAUUCCCAGGAGACCCAGGCACAUAGAUGCCAGAUCGCCGCUGGGAAGGUUCCUGAGGGGGAUAUAUGCGAGGUAUUCGGGUGCCGAUGAGCGCAGCAUCGUCAAAGCUGCUGCACAGCUUGAUGUAUGGGUCAAUGGACAAGCACAUCGGCCAAAUGACCAGCCUCUAGAUGAGGACGAGAAGCCGGCAUCCGUCAGGUAUCGCCUCGCCAUGCUGAGAGGUGACUAUACGACAGCGAGGGCCGUGAGGGAGGGUUCGUUGGAUCAAGCACCGGGCGAGUACGAUGCACGGCUGCACCACACGUUGCUUGCCGACGCCGAAUUCUAUCUCGACACAAAAGCAUUCGAGAUGGCCCGAGAUUCACUCAACGAGGCCCUUCACGUCGCUCGGGCGUCGAGAGAUCUCGAGUUUCUGGCCGUCUGCGAUCGUGUGAUGCGGCGCAUACAGUGUCAAGAAGAGAUGUACCUGCCAGCCAGCUCAUCCAGCUCUCCUCGUCAUGGCGCAUCCUCGACGAUGGGCGAACGCCUUGCGAGAUCGGACAUGUGGGAACUGCAGCGAGACAUCGAUCGAGGCCAGCCUCGGGCGAGGGUUCUUGCAUUUCUGGAGGAGAGUAGCCACCAGCAGCCCGCCAGUCACAUCAGCGGCACCCAACGGUCGCUUCUCAUGGCCCAGAUGUGGUCCGAGGUAGGCAUUCAGGAGGCCGCUGCAGCAUCGACAAAGUCCCACACACAUCAGCUCUCCUUUGUGCUGCACGAGGCAGGGCAACUCGCAGAAGGAGGUGACUACGAGGCAGCCUUAUCGAUGCUUAUCGACGUCGACUUGGUCGACCGCCUCACGUUUCCAUCCUACCAACGAUGGUUCCCAACCCUCUGGCGCAUAGUCUACCUCGAAGCCAGACGUGCAUCUCGCUCCAAGGCAGUCUCGGCCAUUCGCCGCAUCUACCCUGACGUGGCGCGCGAUGUCGACGGCGAAGCAGCGACAGACGUAGACAUGAAAGCAGCAGAUCGGGACGAGGUGAUGCACGGUCGGAGAAUACGGGCGACGUGCAAAGAGCAGCUCCUCGGACAGCUCAGGACGGCGACGGAAUGUUUUGGAAGAGUGGGUCAGCGGCGCAGGGCGCUGGCGAUGGUGAAGGAGGUAGAGGAGCGAGCGGAAAGGGCGCAGAUGUUUAUCGUGCACCGUAUGGCCCGGCUUGCGAGGGUCGAGGUGCUGCUGAUGGACGACGACCAUGUGAUGCUCGAUGAUGACGAAGGACAAGAAAAUGACGAUGGUGGGGAGGACGUAUACGAGGAGCAAGGAGAUGCCGACAGGGGCAGAAGGCCGGAGGAAAGUACCGGAGAAGUGGCGCGGAACAUACUGGAGCAGAUUUUACCGCAGUGCCUCGUCGAUGUCGACGUCGAAAGGCGCGCUCAGGCAAAGUGGGCCUAUGCUCGGUCAAUUUUGGCCCAUUUGCAGGCGCGUAGGGAUGCAGAGAGGACAGUAGCCGCGAGGGACGUCGAGGCAGAAGAGCAAGAGGCGCUGCAGUGGUUGGAGCAGAGCGAGAAAGACUACGAAAAGGCGGGGAUGCUCCGUCAACAGUCCAUGGUCCUGACCGCGAUCUUAGCCCUGCUUCAGUCCCGCCAAGGACGAAGAGACAGCGAGGUAGAAGUGGUGGCAAUGCGAAGCGAGGCAGUCAAGAGGCGUGCCGACGAAGCUGAGCAUGCACCACUUUACCGCCCAAUCGACGAGAGAGUGGCACAAAUCAAAUCUCUAGUAGGCUUGGUCGGGGCCAGAGUAGUUGCGGGGGCAUAAGAGGAGCAAAGUUCCCAGCACUGUCAAUCCAUUAAGUAGAACCUAGAAAACAACAAGAAGUAAAGGAAGGAAAGGCAGACAACGAAGCCAAG